UGCUGCGGUAAACGUGAAGGUGUUUGUGUUGUCAAAGAUCUUGUUCCGAUGUGACGCCGCUUAAGAUCGAAAGAACUACUACUCGGUUUUAAAAAAUAACAAAAAAACUGAACAGCAACCAUACAUUUGAUUGUUCGCUUAUAUCCGGUAUGUCUAACGUCUACAAGUCAGCGAGAGGCGGGCUGUGAUGACGCUGACGUUUCAUUGAGCGGUUAUGCGGUUAAAGUCCCGUCUUUUCCCAGUCAGUGUAAGAUGCACAUGCUUUCUUUUAGCCAUAUAUCGACCACCGACAAGGUGGUUUUGAAACCCGAGGCGACACAUCGCUCGUCUGUCGACGGUAAAUCACAACGGAGUGCAAUGAGACUGACGACAUUAGAGCGUUUUUAACGCGCGUUUACCUGGUGGCACAGCGCCGAUAAAAUGUAAAUAUUUACAAACUAUUCCGGAUUUACCCUGUCUGCCUUGGAUACUUAAUUCAUAGUCCCCCAGAGGAAAUCAAGCUUCAUAACUAUGGGCGUCAAAGUAAUUGUGAGUGGUACCUUGUUGUACAUCCUAGUAGAUGUUAUCGUCACCACUGUCCUGUACACACACGGAUCACAGCUCAGAAUAUUCACAGAUGAUUUCCAGAACUUCAACAUCCUCAUUUCAGUUUUGGACCUCUGGGGAACUGUGCUGGUUCGAGUUGCUCUCCUUCUGGGAGCCUCAAUAGGUGUGGCAUGGAACAGAGAAGACGGUCCAAGGAGGGUCUCUGCCGUAUCCACUCUAAUUACCCUCUUCUGCCUGACCAUCGCCACUUAUGCUCUGGCUAAGCUGCUCAUGCUGACUGAGCAAGAGCCUCUGGUCCACCAGCCCUGGUUUCUCAGCCUUUUCUCUUGGACCUGUGCGUCUUCAAUGGGUGUCAUGCUCCUUUGGAGGCUUCUAGGGCAGGUAGCAUACUCUGUGAGGAGCAAUGUUGGAGUAGGGGGGGGCAGAGAGGAGACAGAAAGAUUGAUGGAGACUGCCAGUGAGCAUCAUACAGAGGAGAAAGAUGGGGAAGUGGGGAAUGAGGGGAGGAAAAGAAGGACGAGCAGGAAAGCCAGUGUGGAGAAGACGAGCUCAGGAGCCACGGUGGGACGUCUGCUGAUGUACUGUAGCAAGGAUGUGUGGCUCCUGUGCGUGGCCUUUCUCUUCCUCAUCAUCUCUGCUGUGUGUGAGGCCUUUAUACCUUAUUACACAGGAAAGGCCAUAGAUGGUAUUGUAGUUCACAAAAGCAUGGAGCACUUUACAAAGCCCUUGAUCACUCUGUCAGUCCUGGCCUUAGCGAGCUCAAUUGCAGUAGGGGUGCGUGGCGGAGUUUUCACUCUGACGUUUGCCAGACUGAAUCUUCGACUAAGGAACCUUCUCUUCAGAUCUCUGAUGAAGCAGGAGAUAGGAUUUUUUGAUGCAAACCAUACAGGUGACAUUACUUCCCGCCUCACUGCUGACACCACCCAGGUAAGUGACCUCAUCUCCCAGAAUGUUAACAUCUUCUCGAGGAGCAUGAUAAAGGGAGUUGGCUUCUUCAUCUUCAUGUUUGGCAUGUCGUGGAAACUCACACUGGUGACCAUCAUGGGAUUUCCCUUCAUUGGCAUAAUUUCCAAAGUCUAUGGAGAGUACUACAAGAGACUGACCAAAGAGGUGCAGACAGCCUUCGCAGAGGCCAACAAGGUGGCAGAAGAAACCAUUUCAGCCAUGAGAACGGUCCGUAGCUUUGCCAAUGAGGAUCGGGAGGCAGAUUCCUACUACGCCAGACUUAUGGUCAUUUUCCAACUCAACAAAAAACAAGCCCUGGCUUAUGCUUGCUACAUGUGGUCCAGUUGUAUCUCAGAGCUUGCGCUUCAAACUGCCGUCCUCUACUAUGGUGGCCAUCUAGUGGUCACUGGUCAGAUGAGUGGUGGUACCUUGAUAUCUUUUGUCAUCUAUGAGCUGGAACUGGGAGAAUGUUUAGAGAGCAUUUCUUCAGUCUACACGGGCCUCAUGCAGGGGGUGGGAGCAGCUGAGAAGGUUUUUGAGUACUUAGACAGAGAACCCAAACACCCACUUGAUGGGAAAGAGGCCCCAGACACAUGCACAGGCCUGGUUGAGUUUAAGGACAUAACGUUUGCAUACCCAACACGUCCUGAGACGGAUAUAUUAAAGGGUGUGUCAUUCAUCUUACGGCCUGGAGAGGUGACAGCCCUGGUGGGGCCUUCAGGCAGUGGGAAGAGCUCCUGUGUGGGCCUUUUGGAGAAUUUCUACCCGCCUCAGAAGGGCCAGGUGCUGAUGGGUGGAAGGCCUGUACACACCUACCAGCACAACUACCUCCACUCCAAGGUGUCUCUUGUGGGUCAAGAGCCUGUGCUGUUUGCACGGACGGUUGAGGAGAACAUCACCUAUGGCCUAGUUGACGUCCCUAUGGAGGCUGUAGUACAGUCUGCUGCCAAGGCUAAUGCUCAUGAUUUCAUUACCAGCCUCACCAAAGGCUAUGACACAGGUGUUGGAGAGAAAGGGACUCAGUUGUCAGGAGGGCAGAAACAAAGGGUGGCCAUUGCAAGAGCACUCAUCCGCAACCCACGUGUUCUUAUCCUGGAUGAAGCAACCAGCGCUCUGGAUGCAGAAAGUGAACACAUUGUUCAGCAGGCUCUGAACAACGUUAUGCGGGAACACACAGUGCUGGUAAUUGCCCAUCGGCUUAGCACAGUGGAGAAAGCAGACAACAUCAUUGUGAUUGACAAGGGCUGUGUUGUGGAGCAGGGUACUCACAGUCAACUAAUGGCAUAUGGAGGACUCUAUAACAAGCUUGUGCAGAGGCAGAUCCUAGGCAUCGAGACUGGGACCGAAGUCGUGGACCCCACCGAGCUUCAAACCUGGAGGUCUGAAGGGGGAAGCCAGUGGAGCAGACAAAGCAGCAGUGCCAGCGAUUCUGAAUGCAAUAUCCGUUAGGGUUUUAAGGGUAGAGUAAACAAUACAUUAUACUUGAAUAUGAAUAAAUUUUAAGAGGACAUUUUUGUUGACAUAAAUGGCAAAGAAUUUAUUUCAAUGUGUAGACUGAGUAUGCAAUGUGCAAUAAUGUGACUUGUCACACUUUCAAAAUAUGACAGUUAUUUUUCAUUGAAAUCACGGUGGCAAGUGAUGAUGACAAAAGGCAUUAAUGCAUAAUUUCAUGGAAAUACUUCAUUAAUGUUUAAUUUCAAUGCCACCAAAAUACUCAUUUUUUUCCACCUUUCAUUUAAGCACUAAUGAAUACAAAUAAAAGAAAGGUGCCUUUUUAUGUGGGAUCUAAUCUGUAGCAAUGUAUGGCGAUGGCCGAUGUUUUGGCAAGUUUAGGUCACUAGAAUCAUCUACAGGCCUAUUAUGUAAUGCACUCUGAAUUCUUUUACAAAAAUGUCAUGUACAGCAUAUAAACACUACACAAACCAAAUAAUUUAGUGAAUGCCCACUGUAAGCUACAAAAUACUUGAUGUUACAAAAGUGAACUUAGAUUCCACUUCAAUUAUUAUUGGUUUGGUUUUGACAGCUUUAGGAUUCUUACUGUUUUUGACGCUGUCCAGGUAAGCGUCAAAGAAAGACAUGAAUAUUCUCAAGUUAGGUUUUUGCUUUGCAAACCUGCUAGCAUGAAAUUGGAACAUCAUUGACAUUAAACAGGCUCAUCAUGUCUAUUCAACGUUCACUUGUAGGUGCCCAUUCACUAUGCUACUUAUAAAGUGUUUUAAAGCAUUCCAUGGGUCUAUUAAAUGUGUAUUCCUAAAACAAGUGAGGUAUUAGUUCAUCUGAGUUACUACAAAGAGAACAGUGGAAAUCAGUCUUUAAUCCAAACCCUACUAUUCUACAAUUAACAAAUGCCCUGUGAAUCGAUAAAAAGAGUCAGUACUUGGAAGUGUAAAUAUACUUAUUAAUGAAUAAAAAAAACAAAAGAAAAUACAUGAUCAAUUUAUAUGAUGUCACCAGUCUAUGUUGCCACCUUUUAACUACUUCCCAAAAAAGACCAAACCCUGCAUCUCUCUUUAUUUGGAUCAAAGAUGUGAACUAUAUGAAAAAUGUCUUUUAUUAUACAAACUGUAAAAGCCCUCUUGAAUUUGUCAAUUAUUUUGUCUGCAAAAUUUUGCUGAAAAAAAAGACUUUCUAAAUCUAUUUCCCGAUUCUUACUCAAAAUUGGAAUGCAGAAUUUAAUAAGCUGUCACAAUGACAAAUACAUAAUCAGAAAAAAAAUAUUUCUCAAUGAAUAUCCUUGAUAAACGGUUGUAUACUAAAUAAAUGUAACUCUUAAAAAAUCUAUAAAUAUCACCUUAAAUUAGCUGUUGCCUAAG